GCGUGCAUCAAUAAAAGCAACAUGCUUUUACGGUGGAAUCUGCUCAUUUGGCUAGUUGUUCUGUAUACAGUAACAUCACCCCUUUUCACCGAUGCCAAGAAAUUGCGUAAAAAGGACCGCCGGGUCUCGGGAAACGUAAAGCAGACACAGGAAAGGGAGAAGGAGAAACCUGGUGACAACGGUCGAUUACAACAAAGAAAAAAACAGAAGAACGCCGCAGAAAAUGAAAUCCAGUCAAAACCAAGUCGAGGUGAUGAUAGAGGAACAAAGAAAAAUAGAAAAAAUCUAAAGAAUAAAAAUAAAAAGAAACAAAAUGAAAUAGAAUUUCAGUCAAAACAAAGUCAAAGUGUUGAUAGAGGAACAAAGAAAAAUAGACAAAAUCAAAAGAAUAUAAACAAAAAGAAAAAAGCUGAAAUAAGACAAAAUGGAAAGAAUAAAAAUAAAAAGAACCAAGCUGAAAUAAACAAGAAACGCGGGAAUAAAAUCAGAAAGAACCAAGAUGUUAGAGAAUUCCAGUCAAAACCAAGUCGAGGUGAAGAUAAAGGAAAAAAGAAAAACGAAAAGAAGGGAAGAAACAAACAAAAAGAAGGAAAGUCUCAAAAAAGACAAAAAAAUCAGAAAGGAAACAAAAGAAAUAAAGGCCGACGUAAAAUUAUCUGUAGCGGCAAAAAAGCUAUUGUACGGUGUAGAGGCAAAAGGCGAAUUAAAAUCUUAAAAGCAUUUUAUGGUCGAUCUGAUGAAAAGAUCUGCAAAGAUAAAAGAAGUCAAACAACAGGUUGUUCAGCUGAAAAUGCAUUGUCGAUUGUUCAGAAGAAAUGCAAUGGAGUCAAAAGGUGUAAACUGCAAGCAAAAGAAAACACUUUUGGUGAUCCCUGUCCACAAACCUCUAAAUAUCUAGCUGUCGAAUAUGCAUGUGUUGGACGAGAUAGAAAAGAUAAAAAAAGAAAAUUACGAAAAUUAAGGAGAGCCAGGAAAGCAAAGAAAAAGCAAAGUGGUUCAGGUUGUCGAUGUACUGCAUCUGGAGAUGUUCAUUAUUAUCAGCAUAGCGAAACCAAGGUUGAUAUCCAGGGAAUAUGUAAAUACACUUUGUCGAGGUCUUCAGAAGCUUUUCCAUAUUCUCAAUGUUCAUGGAAUAUUGAAGUAAAAAAUGAACGUAGAGGAUCAAAAACGACUGUUUCCUACACAAAACUGGCGGAUAUUUAUAUAUGCGGUACAAAGAUUGCAGCAAUGCAAGGUGGUGCUGUUAGGGUUGAUGACUUCGAAGUAUCAACUUUAUCACAUGACGUCGAAAAUUGUGGAAUAACCAUUCGAAAGGAAACUGGUGAGCUAGAGGUAUACUCAAGUGAAUGUGACAUAACUGUUUUAUGGGAUGGAAGGUCAAAAUUGGUAGUCGAUAUUCCUAAGAACUAUUCACAAUACGGAGAGGGCAUAUGUGGUGAUUGUACUGACAGAAAUCAAUUUAUUCUCAGUGACGAAACUGAUAUCUCUAAUUUACCAAAAAGAGAGAGAGAUGCACGUUGGGGGAAGGAAUGGGAAGUGAUUGAUGAUACCGAAGAAGAACUUACAGGGUGCCCUGCGUCUGCACCAAUACCAGAAUGUACUGCAGAACAGAAGGCAUUGUUAGAAAAAGAUGAAUAUUGUGGAAUGUUGAAUCCAAAAAGAACUGCUGGAGGAGAGUCACCAUUUGCUGAUUGUAUUAGAAAGGAUGUGAAAAUGGCAAAUGAACUGUAUGAAGCAUGUGUAAUAGAUGUUUGUAUGUUCCUAAAUGUUCCGUAUAAAAAGGAAGCAUUAUGUCUUGCCUUAGAUGCAAUGGCACAGAAUUGUAGGAAGAAUAACUAUGAUUAUAAAGAGUGGAGACAAAUAAGCUCUUGCGAAUUGAAAUGUAAAGAAAACUCACGUUAUAAGUUCAGCUCAUCUUGUCCAGCAACAUGUGAUAACAAAAACCCUACUGAUGAAGAUUGUGAUUUACCAGCUCUGGAAGGCUGUGUGUGUGACGAAGGUUUUUAUCUAGAUGACAACGAAUGUGUUGAGGAAAGUAAAUGUGGAUGUAUUGCUGCUGAUAAUGAGUAUUAUAAGAUUAAUGCUAUAAGACGUGAAAACGACUGUACACUAGAAGAGAAGUGUGUGCCUGGUGGUGAGAUGGUAGAAGUUUGGAAAAAUGAUGGGUGCCAUCAAAAUGGAUGGUGUGUUGUGAAAAAUGGCAAUUAUGAAUGUGAAUGCAAAUCUAAUUAUCGUGGAGAUGGACGUGAAAAGUGUGAUGAAAUUCCAGCAUCUUGUAUAAAGAAUGAGAAAGUUUUUGUUAAGUCACGACGUUGUAAACGCCAUAGAAAAAACAAAAAGAUUAUGGUAUGUAAAAUUCAGAGUGCUGAUAAAAUUAUAAAUGUUGACUUGGAUCCAUCUUUCAAAAAUAAAAGAUCCAAAAAAGGUAGAGUUAACAAGAAGCAAGAAAAGAACAAAAGAAGAAAGCAAAAAGCAGAAAAGAAACGUCAACAGAAGAAAAGAAAAAGAAAUCGUCGUAACAAGUGUAGAUUCAUCAGACAAAGAGGAAACAAGUUUAUCAUUAGAGGAAACUGUAGAAGGGCAAUAUUUCAAGUCACAUAUUUAUCAAAAGGCAGAAACUGUGCAAAUGAUUGUGGGGAAAAUGCCAUUUUUAAAAAUGGUAAAUGUAAAUGCCCAAGGGGAUACACUGGUGAUCCUAGGAAAAGGUGCUCAGAACUAUGUACUUGUAUAUCAUCUGGAGAUCCUCACACCAGGACAUAUGACUCUGCCGUUGUACAUCACAUGGGUGUAUGUAAAUAUAUUUUGUCGGCCCUUAAAGAUACGAAAAAUUCGUGUGCCUUCACAGUUGAAACAACAACAGAAAAACGUAACGAAAGGCCUGUCGCAUAUAACAAGAGAGUAGAUUUCACAAUUGGUGAUGGUGUAUACAGUAUUCUAAAGAGUGGUGAAGUUAUGAUUGAUGGAAAAUCAGUAAGUGGACCUCAAAACUUUGAAGAAGAGAAUAUAGAAAUUACAAGAGAAGCAAGAUCUAUUCAUAUUCGACACACAAAAUGCCAAAUUGAUGUCAGUUUUGAUGGUAGACAUAAAGUAAUGGUUCAAGCUCCCUAUAGUGCAUAUAGUGGUCAGUUCACUGGAUUAUGUGGUAACUGCAACAGAGAUAAAGAGGAUGACUAUUAUGACCGUGAUGGAAAUCUUAACAAAAAACGUGAACUGCAUUAUCAUAUAGGAAAAAGUUGGGAGUCACCAGGUCAAAGUUGUCCAAAUGAAACUCCUCUUGUCCAGUGUACUGACAAAGCGACAAUAGAGGCCAAGAAAAGAAACAGGUGUGGACUACUUGAUUCACAAAAAGACUUAUUCAAAAUUGCUUUUAAAGAGGGACUUGACCUGUCGGGAUAUUAUGAAAGCUGUGUUUUUGAUGUUUGCGAAAAUCCCGACACAGCUUUACACUGUCCAAUAUUGGAGGAAGCCGUUUUCUUUGGUAGCCAGAAUGGAAUAAGAAUUGAUCUGACGGAAUGGAGAGAUGUUACUAAUUGUCCGUUGAAAUGUGCUGAAACAUUUGUGAAAUCUGACAGUGUAACCUGUAUUCCAAGUUGUAUGGAUACAGAAGCAGAUAAGAGUUCCGACUGUACGACAGCUCCAUUUAGAGGUUGCACAUGUGAGUCUGGAAAAGUUGAUAAAGGUGACCGCUGUGUUCAGGAAAGUGAAUGUGUUGAAACCUGUUCUGUGAUGGAUGGUAAAAGAAUAAUUAUGAUCAAUGUGGGCGAAACAUUCCCAAUGAAUUCUGAAUGUGGCUCUUUCUCUAGUUGUAUAGAUGUCGAAGGCACACCUACCACUAAAGAAACUGUGGAUUCUAAAUGCCCUGGAGAGAAUAAGCAGUGUGGAACCAUUGAUGGUUCAAGAGUUUGCGAGUGUGCAGAAGGAUAUGAACGAGAUACUGACAUUCCUCUUAACUGUAAAAAAAAACCUGCAGCCUCACCAACAGAGGAAGAAGUGCCAAGUAUUGAUGGUGGUUGGACUGAGUAUGGAGAAUGGUCACCUUGCACAAAAAGUUGUGGUCCUGGAGAACGAGUCAGAACUAAAACCUGCACUAACCCUGCUCCAGCUAAUGGUGGUAAAAUGUGUGAAGGGAGAUCUCGAGAGACUGAAUCUUGUUAUAAAGACGAAUGUCCAGUUGAUGGUGGGUGGACUGAGUAUGGAGAAUGGUCACCUUGCACAAAAAGUUGUGGUACUGGAGAACGAUCCAGAACUAGAACCUGCACUAGCCCUUCUCCAGCUUAUGGUGGUAAAACGUGUGAUGGGAAAUCUCAAGAGACCGAAUCCUGUAAUACAGACGAAUGUCCAGUUGAUGGUGGUUGGACUGAGUAUGGAGAAUGGUCACCUUGCACAAAAAGUUGUGGUCCUGGAGAACGAGUCAGAACUAGAACCUGCACUAGCCCUACUCCAGCUAAUGGUGGUAAAAAGUGUGAUGGGAGAUCUCAAGAAACCGAAUCUUGUUAUAGAGACGAAUGUCCAGUUGAUGGUGGUUGGACUGAUUAUGGAGAAUGGUCACCUUGCACAAAAAGUUGUGGUACAGGAGAACGAUUCAGAACUAGAACCUGCACGAGCCCUGCUCCAGCUUAUGGUGGUAAAAAGUGUGAUGGGGGAUCUCAAGAGAAGGAAUCCUGCAAUACAGUUGAAUGUCCAGUAACCUUAUCAGCACCAAUAGAACCAGAAAUACCAGAUUUUGAACCUAAUUUCCCAUGGACACCGGGAAAAACACCAGAGUCUAAUGAACUUCUUAUAUGUUCUGUUCUUGCCAAAAACAGUGCGAGUUUAUUUGAUGAAUCUUAUACAACCAUUGGUAAUCCUAAAGAAGCAUGUAGCUACAAAGCGCCAUUGACUAAAUAUUUUGAUUCUUAUGAUGUAUGCAGUUUUGAUGUAUCAGUUAGCAUGGGAAUUGCAACAAAUCCGAAAAUGCGUUAUUUGAAAUUCUCCACACCCGAGGAAGUUGUUGUUAAUAUAAGGAAUUACAAAAUCGUUAUGGGACAGGAUAAAAGUGUAAAGGUGAAUGGUAAGAACAUCAAGCUACCAUAUACAGAUGAUAAAGGGUAUCUUUUCAUAACUUAUAUUGGAGGAAGAUUACAGUUUUCGCAUAUAUGUGGUUUGAUUGUAAUGUUUAAUAGACAUGCUGUAGAUGUUUUGGUCCCUAAAACAUACGGGGAAACUCUGGAUGAAACUGCUAUUUGUGGAAGCAGUAAAAAACAUACGGAAUUUGUACCAAAGACCACUGAGUGCGUUGGGGUUGUAAACUGUAGGUUACCACCCUUUGUCAGAUGUCAAGAUUUCCCUGAUAGGAAAGAAGGUCCAUUUACAAAAUGUAGUCAGUAUAUAACAACAAACGCCAAACAGCAUUGUGGAGAAGUGUCUUGUGGGUUACCUAGUAUAACAUGUGAUUUGUCACAUUCUUAUAUGACCCGUUGUGCAAUUCGCAUGCAGGAUAAACCAUUCACAUAUUGGAGUACUACAGAUUAUACAGCUACAUGUCCUAAGCCUACAUGUGAACCUGCACAACAUAAGACGUUUAAAGACAGUACUACUGCCUGUCCUGCAACUCUUGCUGACCCAAAUGCUCCGAAAACAUGUGUGCUUCCUAAUGUCAGUAUAUGCGCAUGUGAUGAUGGGUAUGCAUGGGAGGAUAAUGAUUUUGAUAAUGGGAAAUGUGUUCCAGUUGGUCCUCAACCUCUAUCUGCACCAGAACCAGAAACACAGCCUCCAAUGCCACCACCACCCACACCUCAAGUACAGCCUACACGACCACCAGGACCUCCAGUAUUGACUCCACCAUCACCCACACCUCAAGUACAGCCUACACGACCACCAGGACCUCCAGUAUUGACUCCACCAUCACCCACACCUCAAUUACAGACUACACGACCACCAGGACCUCCAGUAUUGACUCCACCAUCACCCACACCUCAAGUACAGCCUACACGACCACCAGGACCUCCAGUAUUGACUCCACCAGCACCCACACCUCAAGAACAGCCUACACCAGUACCCGAACCCCAAGAAUUUCCAGUACCACGACCAGUGAAUGGAGGUUGGUCUGAGUAUGGUUUAUGGGGGAAAUGUUCUAAAACUUGUGGAGGUGGAAUGCAGUCAAGAACUAGAAUCUGUAAUAAUCCAGCUCCAUCUGAAGGUGGUAAGGUUUGUGAAGGUAGUGACGAGGAGACUCAGCCUUGUAGGACAGACAAAUGUCCAGGAGAUUGUAGUUCAACCAGUGAGUGUCAUGCAGAUGGUGUCUGUGAUAAUGGGAGAUGUAAAUGUAAAGAAAACUUUAGAGGAAAUGGUUAUAGUGCUUGCAAACAAAUCUGUUUUGACUCUAAAUGUGCCAGGUUCGCUUCGUGUAAAAAUGGCAAGUGUCGGUGUAAUAGGGGUUAUGUAGGCAGAGGCCAAAGGAAAUGUAAAUUGAAAUGUGGAAAAAGAAAAUGUCAUGCUGAAGCUAAAUGCCAAAAAAAGAAGUGUGUUUGUAACAGUGAAUUUCCUUAUGGCAAUGGAAUCAACAGGUGUUCAGAAACAUGUAAAGGAAAGAAAUGUGUUAAAGAUGCUGUAUGUCCUAGAAAUAAAUGUGUUUGCAAGAAAGGAUACUAUGGAAUUAGAGAUAAAAGUGGAGAGCUUACUGAAUGUAGAAAGUUAUGUAGAAGGAAGAAAUGUGACCGUGAUGCAACAUGUAAAGGCAGGGGAUGGAAUAAAGAUUGUGUGUGUAAUUCUGGCUUUAUUGGAAAUGGAAAAUCAUGUCAAGAAAAAUGCACCUGUGCCGCUUUUGGAGAUCCAACCAUUCUUAGAUACAGCUAUUCUGCACUUUCUUUUGCUGGAGAGUGUAAAUACACUUUGUCAAAAUUACUGCUUCCAAGGAACCGUUGCAUGUUUAAUGUUGAAGUAAAUUAUGACAAAGGCAAUAAAAAAUCUGAAAGCGCAUCUAGUGUUAGCUUUGUUGAACUUAACAUGUAUGGAAUAUCUGUGCAACUUGGACCAAAAUUGGAAGUCAGAGUGGACCGUGAAUUAGUUUCUCUUCCAUACCGCACGAAAAACAGAUCUUUAUUUAUUCGAUACAUGGGCUUAAAUGUUCUUGUUGAAACAAAAUGCUCCGUUGAAUUACAAUGGAAUGAAGCAGGAAUGGUUAUCUUAUCCGUACCCAAAAAAUUGGGUAACCGAGUGGAAGGUCUUUGUGGACAAUGUAAUGGAAAGAAAAACGAAUGGCUACUCAAAGACAAGACCGACGUUUCCAAAGAUAGUUUGAAGUUUUCAAAAAUUGGGGAUAGUUUUGCUGUAGCAACAGGAUCAGAAAGUUGCAAAACAAGUGAAACUCCAACAUGUAAAGUAAAAGAUCGUGUAUUGAAGAGAACAUGUGGUUUUUUCAAAAAGCGAUCAUUCAAGAAAUGUGCAUCCGCAAAUAAAGAACUUGUUGAAAUACUCAUGGCAGCAUGUCGUCGGGAUUAUUGUGCUAAUUACAAAGACAAACCCGUGAUGAAGGAAGUUAGCUGUAGAAGUGAACAUGGAUUCUAUACAAUGUGUCAUUACUAUGGAUUUGGUGGAAUAAGAUGGAGAAGUGGAAAGUGCAAAAAGAAGAAAUGUGACCGGAAAACGGAGAGAUGGGCUGUGAGAGCAACGGCCUGUCCAAAUAACUGUGUACAACGGAAUAUAGCAAGGAAAUGUUUCCGCCCAAAAAUUGAAGAUUGUGUCUGCAGAAAUGGACAUAUACGUAGUGGCGAUAAAUGUGUAAAGCUUUUGAAAAAGAAAAAGAGAUUUUCAAAUUGCGGAUGUGAAAAGAAUGGAAGAUAUAUUAAGAGUGGUGAACUGUUGAGAUCAAAAGAUUGUAGGACAGAAUUCACCUGUAAACCUGGCAACAAGAGAGGUUCACUUAAAAAAACCAAAAGUAAUGUAAAGUGUCACAGAGAAGGGUAUUGUGGUAUAUAUGCAGGAGAAAGAUCAUGUGUCUGUCUGCCUAGUUUCCUAGGAAAUGGAAUAGACUCUUGCACUCCUGCACGUAACUGUGACUUCAAGGAGGACACGGAAAAUUGUGUUAAUACAAUCAGAAUGAAAGGGGAAUGUUUCUACAGAUCUAUACACAACAACCAGUGUAAAUAUCAUGUUAUGAUGGGUAAAAACAACUUUAAUGAAGACAUCACUAUUGCGUCCUUCAAAACUGAAAGAGGAUUAUUGAAGAAGCAGUUGAAAAAAGGGGAUAAGUUCAAUAACUGUGCAAAAGUGUCAUUGAAUAAAAAUGGAUAUGUCACUAUUGUGGAGAAGAUAUGCGAGUGCCCUAAAGAUCAUCCAUUGAAUAGUUAGAAACUUAGUUAAUUGUAUUUUCUUUGAUUAAAAUUGCAGAUUAUAA